AGUAGGUGAAUGUACUGAUCAUGAGUCUCUAUCCUGCAACAAACGAGCGGACCCUUCAGUGGAAUCACGAGAAUGAAGCUGCAGGAUGCGCAACCUUGCCCUGAUUUUCGGAGCGCGAGCGCCGGCACGUGCAAUUCUCCGAACCACGAUGCUGGAUGCGGGGCAUCGCCUUGCCACCCCUCAUCAGCACCAGUCCCUAAGCCCGUGUAACACCCACCCCAGCCGUGUACUACUCGUCACAUAUCCAUCAUGGCGCAAGACACGGAGAUGAAGAUUGAGCAAAUCUACGUUUACCCGAUCAAGUCGUUGCGAGGAGUCUCGGUCGACUCGACAACCCUCACAUCCCAGGGCUUCCCAUACGACCGGUCAUUCAUGCUCCUGGAGGUCGUAGAGGUCAAGGACAACGACAAAGCAACAAAUGGCGGUCAACCGACCUACAAAAACAUGUCAAUCGCCAGCUACAACUCCAUGUGCCGUUUCGUCCCCACACUCAACACCACGGGCGAAGACCCGACCAUGACCGUCACCUUCCACCCCCUCAACGGCGACAAAACGCAAUCAAUCCCCAUCCCGCUGUCACCCGACACCGCCGAGCUGGAAGAAAUCGACGUAGUGAUGCACCUCAGCCCAACCAAAGCCUACAAAAUGCCGGCCAAGUACAACGAUUGGUUCGCCGCGUGUUUCGGACACCCGUGCGUGCUGGCCUACAUCAGCGACAAUUUGCGGGAAGUGCGCAUGUCGUCGCCGAGGCACCGGCAGGCUGGUGCACAGGCAGAUGGCACUGCUAGCAACGGCGGCAGCGGCUGGCUGUCCUCCCUCUCCUCCAUGGCCACCAACUUCCUCGCCAGCGCUCCGGAAGAAGUCUCCACCAUCCGCUUCGCCGACUGCGCCCCGUACCUCGUCGUCUCCUCGAAAUCCAUGGACUCCGUGCACGCGCGCCUGCCCGCAGGAGAGGAAUUCGACAUUACCAAGUUCCGGCCGAACAUCGUCGUCAGCGGCGCCCAAAAGGCCUGGGAAGAAGACUUCUGGGCCGAGCUGAGUGUCGACAGCGGCAGCAGCGGCUCCGACACCGCCAAGACGCGUGUGAAGAAGAUUGAGCUCGAGCACAACUGCGGCCGGUGCAGGAGUAUCAAUGUGGACUUUGAGACGGGGGCGCAGGGCACGGGCGAGGCGGGCAAGAUGCUGAAGAAGUUGGCGAGCGAUCGCAGGGUUGAUGUGGGUUCGAAGUGGAGCCCCGUUUUUGGGCGGUAUGCCUUCCUUCAUCCGGAUAGUGAGAAGAUGGAGUUGAGGGUUGGGGAGGGGGUCAAGGUUACGAGGACGAAUGGGGAGCAUACGAAGUUUGACUGGAAGGGGCUGUCGACCUUACCCGGAGGUGGAAAGGAUGAAUGAUGAUAACGAAGAUUCCGAUGAGAGCGGUGUUAGAUUGCUUCGGAAUUACUACUAUGAUGAUGCGAUUUACAGCUCAUCUAUGCUCGCCUCUAUCCUCGCAAGCUUGGCUUGGACUCGUCGUCCUUCGCGGAGCCCUUCCACGAAUGCCGAAUGAACGUGCUUUUGCAGAAACACACGCGAGUCCAAGGCCUCAAUGCCCUUUUAAACGCGUUCGAGCAUGAGC